GUGGUUUGGAGAUUUCUUCAGAGAUCCAAUGGGUCAGAUGUGCUUGCUACAAAACAAGCAUUGUUUUUCAUUGUCUUGCUUCAGUAUGUUCCAAGACUGCUUCGAGUGUUACCUUUAACUUCGGAACUCAAAAGAACAGCAGGUGUCUUUGCUGAAACUGCGUGGGCAGGUGCUGCGUACUAUCUGCUGUUGUACAUGCUCGCUAGCCAUAUAGUUGGGGCCUUUUGGUAUUUAUUAGCUGUGGAACGCAACGAUACAUGCUGGCAGAGGACCUGCAAGGGGCAGCUUGGAUGUGAUACAAAUUACUUGUAUUGUGGCAAUCAACGCAUGGCAGGUUAUGAUGAUUGGUUCAAAGACGGAAAUUCUACUCUCAAGACGAAGUGCUCAGCAAAAGGAGAUGAUACAGAAUUUGAUUUUGGAAUCUACAAAAAUGCUUUGUCAUCUGGGAUUGUUUCAUCGAAGAAGUUUAUUUCUAAAUACUGUUACUGCCUGUGGUGGGGACUGCAAAAUUUAAG